UGAUCCUAAAUGGUUUAUUUCGGGUCUGGCUUUAAAUGUCCACGCUUGUUAGACCAUGAUUAACCCCAGUCUAUUAACUGAGGUUCUUAACUUCCGCUAAGAUACGGUUUUAGUUUUUCUUAUAUUUUAACUAAAAAAAUUAAGAAUUAUCUUUUAAAUAAGAGAUAUAAGAGCCGUCUUUUAGCCGAAAAGUGUAAAAAAAUAAAAAAUAAAAUAAAAAAGUGUCAAAAUCAUGAGUUAAACAAAAAUAAAAAAGUUCCAAUACCUAACCUUCUUACCUCUAGAGAAGGUCUCUCAUUACUGGAAAUUAAAUUUUUCUGGCAGAAACUCUAGAGAAGUUUCCCCUAUGAGAGAGUCUACGAGCGAGCCCGAAUAUACAUUCAGAACGCCUUAACUCUGAUCCUUGUACCCCCUCUCUCUCUCUCUGUCUCCUUCCUCUGAUUGUGGAUUGAGAUGGAGACCUUACCCACGACGACGGUUACGUCUUCUAAAUCAGAACGACGAGGAAGAUCCUCCAAAUAUCAGAGCACCUCCAAGCCCUCCGUCAUCAUGGCUUUCUUCUCUUGCGUUGCUUGGCUCUACGUCGCUGGCCGGUUAUGGCAAGAUUCAGAGAACAGAGUGAUACUCAAUAAUAUGCUUAAGAAGAAUUAUGAUCAGAAGCCUAAGGUUCUUACGGUGGAUGACAAGCUCAUGGUUCUCGGAUGCAAAGAUCUUGAGAGGAAGAUUGUUGAAACUGAAAUGGAGUUGACUCUGGCAAAGAGUCAAGGCUAUCUGAAAAGUGGUUCGUCGUCUUCAGGAGGGAAGAGGUUGCUUGCUGUGAUUGGAGUCUAUACAGGGUUUGGAAGCCAUUUGAGGAGAAACUCAUUUAGAGGGUCUUGGAUGCCACAAGGUGAUGCUUUGAAGAAACUUGAGGAAAGAGGAGUUGUCAUACGUUUUGUGAUUGGUCGAAGUCCAAACCGUGGUGAUAGCCUAGAUAGAAAGAUCGAUGACGAAGAUCGAGCAAGAAAAGAUUUUCUCAUUCUUGAGAAUCACGAGGAGGCACAAGAAGAGCUACCCAAGAAGGUGAAGUUCUUCUUCAGUGCUGCUGUUCAGAACUGGGAUGCAGAGUUUUACAUCAAAGUCGACGACAAUAUUGAUCUAGAUCUUGAGGGGUUGAUUGGCCUCCUUGAAAGUAGGCGUGGUCAAGAUGCUUCUUACAUUGGGUGCAUGAAGUCUGGGGAAGUUGUUACUGAAGAGGGAGGCCAAUGGUACGAGCCAGAAUGGUGGAAGUUUGGGGACGAGAAAUCAUACUUUCGUCACGCAGCUGGUUCGCUUAUAAUACUAUCCAAGAAUUUGGCUCAGUACAUAAACAUAAACAGUGGAUCGUUGAAGACAUAUGCAUUUGAUGAUACAUCUAUAGGAUCUUGGAUGAUUGGUGUUCAGGCAACUUAUAUAGAUGACAAUCGCCUUUGCUGUAGCAGCAUUAGACAAGACAAAGUGUGCUCUGUGGCUUGAUCUUAAGGACCCUUAACAGUUUAUUCCAACUUAACCUCUGGUGUAUUCGUGGCGAUUCAGGGAGUUGUUAUAUUUGUUGUUUAGAAUCAGAUUAAAAUCAGCCAUUACUUAGGGCAUAUACUCAGGAAUUUGUAGCUGUGAAGAAAAAAGAAAAGAACAUUAUAAGUUACAACUGACCAAGAAUAGUAGAGAAUCAUUUGGACUCAGUCCCGAGCUUUGAACUAUAUAGUUCGAGUGAUGGAGUAAUUUACUUGGAACCUUUUAUAUGAAAACA